AAUUCCGCCUGUUUCUCUUUCAACUUUGAGCUGGGAUCACCAACAGGGAUGAUGUCACAAUGUGAGCUGGUGUACUGUUCCUUGGACGUCAACAACUCGGCAUUAGUACAAGACACAACCAUGACUUAUUACGAACAAAUUCCCGAAGGAGCUACUUACCCAGCAACACCCCUGUGCAAUACCUGUGUCCAUGCUCCGUGCAAGAAUGGCGGUACGUGUACUGUCACUGGGCCAUUUCCCUCUAACUACACAUGUCAAUGUAUGCAGGGUUAUUUUGGAGCAACAUGCGAUUCAUAUGAAGACUGUGGUGACGUUCCUUUACAAACUGGUGUAAGAACUAUCGCGACAACAGAUGGGAGAACCUUUGAGGCUUAUUGCGACCAAGGGUGGACCUACGUAUUCAACAGGUUUGAUGGAAGUGUAGACUUUUACCGCAGCUGGAUUGAAUAUCAGCAAGGCUUCGGUGAUGUCAACCUCGAACACUUCAUUGGGCUUGAUAACCUCGUUAGCAUCUUGAAUCAAAGGAGUUACAAAGUUCGAUUCGAUUUGGUAACAUGGCCAUCGAGCAAUCUUAAUCCAGCAUCCGGAUCAGCUGAAUAUUCCACGUUUAAUAUUGCUGAUGAGAGUGAUAAAUACCGUAUUAAUAUUGGAGGGUAUUCUGGUACAGCAGGGGACGCAAUGACACAUCAAAAUGGAUACCAAUUCACAACAUACGACCAAGACAACGAUGUGUAUGGUUCCAACUGUGCAGUACUUUAUAAAGGAGCCUGGUGGUAUGCCGCCUGUCAUUCUUCAAACCUGUUUGGAAGAUACGAACAUGGACCAACGUGCACUCUGUUUGCUGAAUGCGUUGACUGGGAUCGAUACCCGGGAGCUAACCAUUAUUAUUCAUUCAAAGGAGCCGCUAUGAAGAUUCAUCGUAUUUAGAACGUACUUCAGGAAAUAUGUGUUACAAGCCGGAAUAGAUCAACCUUCCAAUGGCAAUGUCUACUGGAAUGGCCAAUGGUCAUUUGCGAUAAUGACGUCAAGAUCUUCACUUCUGAACUGAUCAACCGUAACGAUAUCUCCUGUAUCGUUGAAUCAAACUGUUCCCCAUGUAAUAAUAAAAUUAUUUUCGAGCCAGGUUGAGGCCACAUUUUCUGGAAUAAUUAUCUGCAGCUCCAUUUGCCAUAUGAUAGUAACUUGAUUAAGUAGCCUGCGACAAUGAUAUCAAUAAAAACAUUU